AUGGCUGAGAAUGAAUACGACCAUGAGACGCUCAUCAUGGAUAUCCUCGACCAGACCGAGAGAGGGAAGCCGUAUCCGAGACGCCAGCGCCCAAACCUCAAGCGUAAGCGGCGGUCUAGCCAAGGGAGGGCAGCCGAAGCUGAAGCCGAAGCUGAGGCCAGGGCCAAGGCCGAAAGUGAGGCUGAGAUGGAACGCAGGAAAUUCGACAAUCCUGAACGGCGACAGGCACACAAGUCUGGAACCUACAUAAAGGCCUCACGAUCACUCCUGAUGCAAGCAUACCCGUUGGUCUUCGCCAAGGAGGUGACUCAGUGCAUGGAGGGCAAUAACAAUUGUCUGUUCCCGACAUUUUUUGCUCUCCAUGACAGAGUCUCUGGGAGACUGGAUGGCGUUGAACUCCGACUGAAACAGCAGCGGACGAAGGAAAAUCCCCUAUGGCGGGAUGAUCAGAUCGAAGCUACCAUCCAAAAUACGACCGACCAGGAGCAAAAACGUGCGCUGGAGGAAUUCCAUGCUGCCAGACUAGCUCUUCGCAACAGGCAGGCAAGAGUGGAUGCCGAGAAGCAACGAGAGCGUGAGGAGCAGGAGAACAUGGACCAUGCCAUUGCUGAAGGUACCAUAGCUGAGUGCGAGUGCUGCUUUGAGGAACGUGCCCUGAACCGAAUGGUCCACUGCGACGGCGACGUUCUUCACUGGUUCUGCUGGCCUUGCGCUAAGCAAAUGGCUGAGACUCAGAUCGGCCUUUCCAAAUAUCAGCUAUCCUGCAUGUCUAUGGAUGGCUGUAAAGCCGGGUUUUCCCGGGGCCAGAGAGACCUAUUCCUAGGCCCCAAGUUGGUCAUUGCUCUGGACCGGAUUGAGCAGGAAGCUGUCUUGCGCAUGGCGGGCAUUGAGAAUCUGGAGACAUGCCCAUUUUGCCCCUUUGCAGCCGAGUGCCUGCCCGUCGAGGAAAACAAGGAGUUCAUCUGCCAGAACCCCGGAUGCGAGGUGACCUGCGAAGACGCAGCACGAGAAUCAGGUCUCUCUGCUCGCCGCUUGAUAGAGGAGGCCAUGUCGGCAGCCUUGAUCCGGAAGUGCAACAAGUGCGGCACUCCAUUCAUCAAGGAAAACGGCUGCAACAAGAUGAUGUGCACCAGGAAUGGGUGCCGUAAUGUCCAGUGCUACGUCUGCCACCAGUCUUGCGAGUACAGCCAUUUUAAUGACGCGACUCGCGGUGGUAAGGAAGGGAACUGCCCACUAUUCGACAAGAGCACCGAACAGCGCCACGAAGACGAGGUCCGCAAAGCCGAGGAGCGGACGCGGCAGGCCGUAGCCGAAGAACACCCAGACAUCGAUGCCGACCUGUUCGCGAUCAAGGUGUCGGACAGGGUGAAGCAGGACGACGAGCGACGUAAAAAAAACUACCCGCCUGUUCCCGUUCCUGUUCCUGUCAGAGCACCUGUGGUUGGCAACCUGGGUCACCCCGUAGGUCCCAUCCGGCACCAUGCGAAACCUGGUGGGCAUGGACAACUUGCUGGGCAGCUGCGCAGCUUGGUGGGCAGCUUGGUGGACAACCUGGCGGACAACCCGGUGGACAACCCGGUGGACCAUGGGCAUUGCGAGUUGCGCAAAUCGCUGCACAGCAGGAUAGACGACCUGUUGCGAUACAUGGUGGGCAGUUCGGUGCGCAACCUGCUGGAUAUCCUGCUGGACAUCCUGCUGGACAUCCUGCUGGACGUCCUGCUGGACAUCCUGCUGGGCGACCUGCUUGGGGACAUGCUGGGCCACUUGCUGGGUCACAUGCUGUGGGACUUCCGGGAAGGGGAGGUAUCGUCCCUCCAAAGAUUUCGAAUAAUGCACGACCCAAGGGAGCUCUCGCCGCCGCCCAACAAAAUCAGACACUUGCCCAAGGCUUCGUUGACCCUCGUCCUCGGAAAGCCGAAUCCAGGGCCAGGCAGGAAGGGCAGCGAGGGGACGGUAACUCGCCUGGAUUGCCUCCUGCUCACAGGGAAGCCCUGCCUGAUUUCUGGUGGAAUCCUGCAGCGGCUUAUCUGA